AUGUCGGAACUGACACUAGACAACCUGAUUGACGAUGGCAACUAUCUUGGUAGCGAGCGCGCCAGGCAAGAGAACAAGGUCAUCCUCGACGAGCUUGAACGAAAGAAGAAGGCAAGAACAUUGGCUGUACCGACCGACGAUAACCGUGUAAAGGCCCGAUUGCGAGAAAUUGGAGAACCCAUUACGCUGUUCGGAGAGCGCGCUGCCGACCGACGCGAUCGUCUCAUCUAUGUGCUCUCGCAAAUCAAUGCUGCACGGGGAGAUGAUGCUAUGGCCGUCGACGACGAUUCAUCGUCAGAAAGUUCAGACGAGGAAGAAGAAUUCUAUACCCCUGGGUCAAUGGAACUCCUCGAAGCACGUCGACACCUGGCCGAGUAUUCCCUACCUAGAGCUCAAAAGCGCGUCGCCCAACAGCGAAUAGAUUGUAAAAUGCCUCUGAAGCGUAUAAUCGACAUCAGGAAAAAGAUUUUUGCGGAAGUCAAGAAAUUCGGAAACUUGGGUUCACAAAUUGGUGACGAACGACCUAUCUCUCAAGUACGAUUUUCGCCGAAUAGCGAGUUCCUGGCUACGGGCAGUUGGUCUGGAACGGUGAAAAUAUGGUCAGUACCAUCCUGUGUAAAUACUAAAGUCUUGCGUGGACACGGUGACCGCGUUGGUGGAGUAGCAUGGCAUCCACAAGCGACACUAUCCCAGAACCCAGACGCAGUGAACCUUGUAAGUGGCGCCGGAGAUUGUAAUCUGAAUUUUUGGUCGCUGAAUAGUGAAACACCGCUUUCUGUAUUGAAAGGCCACAAGGAUCGUGUCUGCAGAGUUGCAUUCCACCCCUCAGGGGAGUACGUUGCUAGUGCAAGUUUCGAUACCUCGUGGCGCCUAUGGGAUGUUGCCUCUUCGAAGGAGCUACUCCUCCAGGAAGGACAUUCCAAAGAAGUGUACUCUGUCGAGUUUCAAAAUGAUGGCGCUUUGGUGGCUUCGGGAGGCCUAGAUGCAAUCGGACGUGUAUGGGACCUACGGACGGGUCGUACAGCCAUGGUACUCGAUGGCCACGUCCAAGCAAUCUAUUCCAUAGCUUUCUCCCCCAAUGGGUACCAAAUCGCCACAGGUUCAGGAGAUGAUACCAUCCGAAUAUGGGACAUGCGUUCCAUACGAGCACUAUACACGAUCCCAGCCCAUACCUCUAACGUUGCCGACGUGCGGUUCUUCUAUGGUGACGACGUCUCCUUCAAAUCCACUGUUACUUCAAUUGCCGCAGCGCCGGAAGUAACGAUGGAGGGGACGGAGAAGGAGAAGGCAAACCCUGAUGGUGAUGGCAAUGAGGAUAUCACCAACGACAAAACAACAGAACGAGACCUGGAGGAAGAAUGGAAAUAUCGUUCCGGUCUCUAUUUCGCUAGUGCGGGAUAUGACGGGUUCGUCAAGAUAUGGAGCGCAGACGAUUGGCAACUUCUUCGGACGUUGUCGACCGAUGCAGGAAAGGUGAUGUCGGUGGACUUGUCUCGUGACGCGAAGCUUCUUGCUUCGGGGACGUACAACAGGAACUUCCAGCUCUUCGCGCCGGAAGAUAUCCUGUGA